AUGUCGGUGCAGCCUGUCACCUACGUACUGUUGACCGGCGCCACAGGGUUCAUUGGUGCCCACGUGCUUGAUAUCCUUCUCCAGAGAGGUUUGAGAGUGAGAGUAGCAGUGCGCAAUCUCGAAAAGGCGAGGGUGCUCGGAGAUACGAGGCCCGAAUAUGCGCACAGGCUUGAUUUCGUCCAGGUCGCCGACUACACAGUGGCUACCUCGUUUAAAACGGCUGUCAUGGGGGUGGAAGGCAUUAUCCAUGUGGCUAGUGAUAAUGAGAAAGACUUGAUUCUACCGGCCAUCAAUGGGACCACCUCUAUUCUUCAAGCAGCUGCGAGUAACCCACUCAUCCGGAGAGUGGUCAUUACCUCGUCGUUCGCAUCGGUCAUUGAUGUCGACAGAAAGGGCCCGCCGCAUUUCACAUACACAUCGGCAGAUUGGAAUCCAUUGACUUACCGCCAAGCGGCGGAUACAACCAGUAGCGCAGUCGUGGCAUACAGGGGAAGUAAGAAGUUUGCAGAACUUGCAGCCUGGGAGUUCGUCAAGAAAGAACACCCCAGGUUUGACCUCGUAACAUUGUGCCCUCCGAUGGUGUUCGGUCCAUUUGUCCAUCCGGUAGAGAGACUAGAGGACCUGAGCGAUUCAAUAUCGAACCUAUGGAGAAUCGUUAACGGUAGCCAGCUCCCUGUUGCUAGGGUGCCUUUCUGGGUUGAUGUUAGGGACUUGGCUCAAGCGCACGUUGAGGCGUUGUUGAAACCGGAAGUUGGGAACAAACGCUUCACCAUAGCCUCGCCAGAGAGAUUCUCCUACGAGAAAGCGGCCAAGGUUGUAAUGAACAGCUUCGAUUGGAGCAAGGCUCGGCUCACUCGGCCAAUUCCUCAUCAAGAAAUUGACCAGCCCUACGAUCUCGAUGGGCAGACUGUGGGAAAAGAGCUCGGGUUGAAAUACCACACUUUCCAGCAAUCCGUCAUGGAUUUUGUUGAACAAGCUGUACGCUUGGAAAACCAGUUGAACUCUGGCAGAACCCUGCCUUGA